AUGGACCUUCAAACAUCUUCUAAAUUUCUUCAAAACCAACUAGCUCAUCUAUUUCAAUGCGAACGAGACAGUGCCGAUGUUGAAAAUAGUGAGGGAUGUUUUUCAACUGGAAAUGAUCCUGCUUUCAAAGAUGAACGCCUACGUUUUGAAUUUCACACCGAGCCAUUCAACAGACGUUACCUUUUACGGGUCGUAAAAGUACCGCCAUAA